AUGCUCAGUAAUCCUUAUUUUAAGUCUGUUCUGUGGCUGAUUGGCUUUGGUGGGAUGGGCUAUGGCCUAAUGCUGCUAACAGAACCGAAUGCCGAUAAAAUAGAACGCAUAAAAGCCUCGAGUUCCAGUUCAGCCAAUGAUCAGAGGAAGGCCUUGUUUAUGAAGAAACUGCAGGAGGCUGCCACCACCAGUGCUCCAGUCUACAGACCAUCUGUGGACAAAAAGGAUACUUAGGAAGCUUCGUCAUUUACAAUAUACAAACUUGUUAUAUCUUAAAAAAAAAAUGUUAAGCAUUUAAAACAUACAAUAA